AUGCCUGGCAAAGCACCCCCCAAAAGCGACAAGGAUGCCAAAGGCGUCAGCAAGGGCAAGAAGGGCGGCAAGGAUGCUGACGAGGAGAUGACCGUCGUGGUGCCUCCCUCGAAGAAGCAGGCACAAGCCGCUGAUGGCGAUGGCGACGUCCACAUGGGCGGUGAAGAAGACAAGGUUGAGGAAGUUGACCCAGCCGUGCAGGCUGUCACAGACAUCAAGAGCAACUUUGCGCUACUGGACCGUGCCGUCGCUCUCUUCGACCCACGCUUCUCGUUGCGCGCACUUCGCUCCAUCUCGCUCAUCCGCAAGCGACUGACGCCCGACAUUAUCGCCCAAGCCAUCGCCGACAGCUUCCCUGCGACAGCUGCCAGCGCCAAGAGUGCCAAAAUCCUCCUUGCCGCCAUCGACCGUGCAGAUACACAGCUGGGCAAGUCAUCGGGGUCAGAGAUGGAAGUUGAUGGAGAUGCAAAGCCCUCAACUAAGAAUGGGUCCAAGAAAGAGGCCAAGGAUCUUAUUCCUGAGGUGGACAUCUUCCUGGGCAUCCUCAUCCAGGUCUAUCUUUUCGACUCAAAGCAGUACGCGAAGGGUGCACGGUUCUCUGAGCAGCUGACCGAUCGCAUCCAGUCGCUGAACCGACGCACGCUCGACAGUCUCUCGGCCAAGGUUUACUUCUACUUCCAGCUCUUUUGCGAGCACAUGGAGCCUCUGCCACCCUCGCCCGAGUCACCAAUUGUAGCAGUGCGGCCCAUACUACUUGCUGCCUUGCGUACGGCUGUCCUGCGCAAGGACAUUGACACACAGGCGUCGGUCAUUGUCCUGUUGUUGCGCAAUUACCUGCUUACAUCGCACAUCAACCAGGCCGACUUGUUGGUGUCGCACACCCAGUUCCCUGAGAAUGCCGUCAACAACCAAGUUGCUCGCUUCCUGUACUAUCUCGGCCGUAUCCGGGCGAUCCAGCUGCGGUACACGGAGGCGCACGAACAUCUGACGGCCGCCACGCGCAAGGCACCCGGGAGCAACUGCGCACUGGGCUUCUCUCAGACCGCCACCAAGGUGCUACUAGUUGUGGAGCUGUUGAUGGGUGACAUUCCAGACCGCUCGACUUUCCGUCAGGCGACCAUGGAGGAGGCGCUCCACCCCUACUUCCUGCUCGUACAAGCUGUGCGUGUGGGCGACAUUGAGAACUUUGAGACGACCAUUGCCGACCACGCCGACACAUUCCACCGGGACGGCACGUACAGCCUCAUCUUGCGCUUGCGCCAGAACGUCAUCAAGACGGGCAUCCGCAUGAUGUCGCUGUCGUACUCUCGCAUUUCGCUUCGUGACAUCUGCAUCCGCCUGCACUUGGGCAGCGAGGAGUCGGCGGAAUACAUUGUGGCCAAGGCCAUUCGCGAUGGUGUGAUUGAGGCUACGCUGGAUCGCGAGAAGGGUUUCAUGAAGAGCAAGGAAGUGGGUGACGUGUACGCCACGAGGGAGCCUGGUGAGGCUUUCCACGACCGCAUCAGGGCGUGUCUCGCGCUGCACGACGAGAGUGUGAAGGCUAUGCGCUUCCCCAUGAACCAGCACCGCCUUGAGCUUAAGAAUGCCCAGGAGGCGCGCGAGCGGGAGCGAGAGAUGGCCAAGGAGAUCCAGGAGGGCGAUCUGGACGAGGACGACUUGGGUGGUGACUUUGAGGGCAUGUAA